AUGGAAAAUUCCAAUGGGCCAUCGGUGAUGAAAGGACAAAAUCCAAUGUUACCUCCAAGAAGCCCUUUCAAAGUGAUUUUUCCAUGCCAUUCUGAUUUCAUUUCUAGCCCUACUAUAGACUCAAAAACCUCCAACAAGCUUGUAGAAGGAGAGGUGCACCAUUAUCGUGGCUCAUCUGAUGGCUAUCUUUUAGAGCAACCUUCUUGGCUUGAUGAGCUCCUUAGUGAGCCAGAAUCACCCCUAUGUAUAGGGCAUCACCGAUCUUCAAGCGACUCUGAUGCACUCUUGGGAUCAUCUUUAACAAGCUUAGAUUGCCUUCCACCUUCAAGGGAUACCACUGUAGAUCAGAUUUUUGAAUCCUCUUUUCCACAAAAAUCAGGAAGAAAUGGUUCAUCCAAAGUAAAGAAAAAUCAAGAAGGUUCAAAUGUCAUCGGAAGUGAUACCUCAAAAACUGCUACUGCCUCCAAAACUGAUUCAAGGCGUUCCAAACAGCAAUUUGGUCGAAGUGCCCGUCUGCGAAAACUUCAGUAUAUAGCUGAACUAGAAAGAAGUGUUCAAAUUUUACAAGCAGAAGGAUCUGAAGUUUCAGCUGCACUUCACUAUCUAGACCAGCAAGUUCUCAUACUGGACAUGGAAAAUCGGGCUUUAAAGCAGCGUCUGGAUAGUUUAUCUCACGAACAACUCAUAAAAUAUUUGGAGCAGGAUAUGCUAGAAAGAGAGAUAGCUAGGCUUCAAAUUCUGCACUAUCAACAGCAACAACAAAAGCAGAAACACAAGCAGAAGCAGAAGCAGAAGCAGAAGCGUCCUACACAUUAUCAAUCCAAAAGUAGGGAAGUUGUAUUGCAGUUGGCCAACCUAUGUAUAUAGUGCCAAGGAAAGGAAUUGGAUCCUAGUAACAUAAUUAGAGGCUCUCUCCAAACUAGACUUUGGUAAAUAUAAGAAGUCUAAUAUAUAUAAAUCCAUAUAUGUAUUUCAUUUCCUUUUUUUUUAAUUAUUAUUAUUGAUUAGGACCAUACCUAAUAGGGCCUUAUUAUUGUUAGAUCUCUCUGUCCCACUUCUUUCUUUUCUAUUGCUUGUUAACUAUUCUAGGAAUAGUAACUCUAAUUAUGUUAUUGUAUUUAUUUAUGUGGUAAAAAAUGCCAUUCAAUAUCC